CUGAGUGAGGCAGGCAGCGAGGCCGCCGCGGCCCCAGCCGCCUCCGCUCCGCAGCGUGUGGGCGAUCAGGCAGCGGGCGGCCGCCGGGACAGCCGAGGGGACGCCGGGAGCGCAGCGGCAGGAUGGAGGACGGCUUCUCCAGCUACAGCAGCCUCUACGACACCUCCUCGCUGCUCCAGUUCUGCAACGAUGACAGUGCCUCUGCUGCAAGCAGUAUGGAGGUAACAGAUCGCAUUGCCUCUCUGGAGCAGCGUGUCCAGAUGCAGGAAGAUGACAUCCAGCUGCUCAAAUCUGCCCUUGCUGAUGUGGUCCGACGCUUGAAUAUUACAGAGGAACAGCAGGCCAUGCAGAACAAGAAAGGACCUACCAAAGCAAGACCACUGGUACAAACCCUGCCUUUAAGGACUACAGUUAAUAAUGGAACUGUGUUACCAAAGAAACCAAGUGGCUCUUUACCUUCUCCAUCAGGAACCAGAAAGGAGACUGUACCACCGGCAGCAAAAAGCACCAUUAAGAGAACCAGUUCAGCUGAGCGUGUGUCCCCAGGAGGUCGGAGGGAAAGCUAUGGAGAUUCCAAAGGGAGUCGCAACCGCACUGGUUCCACCAGCAGUUCAUCUAGUGGUAAAAAGAACAGUGAAAGCAAACCCAAGGAACCAAUGUUCAGUGCAGGGAAGCGCCGUGUGACACACUGCAAAGAGGAAGGAUACGUAAAAAUGUUUCUUCGUGGACGUCCUGUUACCAUGUACAUGCCCAAAGACCAAGUGGAAUCUUACAAUUUGGAAGCAAAAGUAGAACUACCAGCCAAGAGGCUUAAACUGGAAUGGGUCUAUGGAUAUAGGGGUCGGGACUGUCGCAGUAAUCUCUAUCUUCUUCCAACGGGCGAAACCGUGUAUUUCAUCGCGUCUGUAGUUGUGUUAUUCAAUGUUGAAGAGCAACUUCAGAGGCAUUACACUGGUCAUAAUGAUGAUGUGAAGUGCCUGGCUGUUCAUCCUGAUAGGAUCACUAUAGCAACAGGUCAAGUUGCAGGGACAUCCAAGGAUGGGAAACAAUUACCACCACACGUGCGUGUCUGGGAUUCUGUAACUCUGAAUACGCUGCAUGUCAUCGGAAUGGGGUUUUUUGACCGAGCUGUCACUUGCAUUGCUUUUUCCAAAUCUAAUGGAGGAAGUAGCCUGUGCUCUGUGGAUGACUCAAAUGACCAUGUACUUUCCGUGUGGGACUGGCAGAAAGAAGAAAAGCUGGCAGAUGUCAAGUGCUCUAAUGAGGCUGUAUUUGCUGCAGAUUUUCACCCUACUGAUACAAAUAUAAUAGUUACUUGUGGAAAAUCACACCUUUAUUUCUGGACACUAGAAGGGAAUUCCCUUAUUAAAAAGCAAGGAUUAUUUGAGAAACAAGAGAAGCCAAAGUUUGUCCUGUGUGUGACCUUUUCUGAAAAUGGUGAUACUAUUACAGGAGACUCAAGUGGAAACAUUUUGGUAUGGGGGAAAGGUACCAACAGAAUAAGCCACGCAGUUCAAGGGGCACAUGAAGGUGGAAUAUUUGCGCUGUGUAUGCUGCGAGAUGGCACGUUGGUAUCAGGAGGUGGAAAAGACCGAAAGCUGAUAUCUUGGAAUGGAAAUUACCAAAAAAUUCACAAAACUGAGAUUCCAGAGCAGUUUGGUCCAAUAAGAACAGUAGCAGAGGGAAAAGGGGACGUUGUAUUAAUAGGAACCACUAGAAACUUUGUCCUACAGGGGACACUAUCAGGAGAUUUUUUCCCAAUUACCCAGGGUCACACUGAUGAGCUCUGGGGACUUGCAGUCCAUUCCUCUAAACCUCAGUUCUUUACAUGUGGACAUGACAAACACAUUACUCUCUGGGAUGCUACCACCCAUCAUCCUAUUUGGGACAAGAUUAUAGAGGAUCCAGCACAGUCUUCAGGUUUUCAUCCUUCAGCAUCUGUCGUUGCAGUAGGGACGCUGACUGGAAGGUGGUUUGUGUUUGACACAGAAACAAAAGAUUUGGUCACUGUACACACAGAUGGAAACGAACAGCUGUCUGUAAUGCGUUACUCACCAGAUGGAAACUUCUUGGCAAUAGGUUCCCAUGACAACUCUAUUUAUAUAUAUGGUGUAAGUGAAAAUGGAAGAAAGUACACUAGAAUUGGCAAAUGUUCAGGUCAUUCCAGCUUCAUUACUCAUCUGGAUUGGUCUGUUAAUUCACAAUAUCUUGUGUCUAAUUCAGGAGACUAUGAAAUCUUAUACUGGAUCCCCUCUGCUUGUAAACAGGUUGUGAGUGUUGAAACAACUAGAGAUAUAGAAUGGGCCACUUACACCUGUACUUUAGGAUUCCAUGUUUUUGGUGUAUGGCCUGAAGGUUCUGAUGGAACAGAUAUCAACGCUGUCUGUCGAUCACAUGGGAGAAAACUGCUAUCAACAGGGGAUGAUUUUGGCAAAGUACAUCUCUUCUCAUAUCCAUGUUCACAAUUUAGGGCUCCAAGCCAUGUGUACGGUGGACAUAGUAGUCAUGUAACUAAUGUAGAUUUUCUCUGUGAAGACACCCAUCUCAUCUCCACAGGCGGAAAAGAUACAAGUAUUAUGCAGUGGCGAGUCAUUUAAAGGAAACAUCAGCAUGAACACACCCAGUUGAGUCGACCAUGCACAGAACUUAUGUAUAAACUGUAUAUUUAAAACUUAACAGUAUGUUUGCAGUUUAGCCUGGUCACUGUGAUUUUUGUUUAAAAAUUCUUACAAACCUCAGGAAAAUUAAGCCCCGUGCUGGUUACCUUACUCAGUAUAGUGAUUUCUUUUUUUUUCAUUGUGUCACACCUGAAGAAUGAUCGUUCUCUGUUGUACAAUAUACAAUGCAGUACAAGUUUAAUAUAAGAAAUGUGGCUUGACAGUUUGCAAUACAGUGGUAUCAGCAGAAUGUGACUAUCUUAAAUGUUUUCUAUAAACACUGCUAAACUGGUCACAAAAAUGCCUUUCAAAGACUGUAUAUAUGUGCUUAUUUGUUUCACUAUCUACACUUUGUACUGUAUAUCUACUUAUUUAGAAAAAUCUAUGACAAUGUCAAGGUACCGAACUCUUUCUGAUGGAGGCUGAUGAAUAGAUAUAAAAAAUAUAAACUGCUAUGUAAGAUGCAAAAAUUAGUGUUCUAGACCUGAAAAUGUGAAUGCUGGUAAAUUUGCAUUCUCUUGGGAACAGCAUGCCGUGGGUAUUACCCGUGAGGAGUUGUGUUCCCUUUCAAAUGAAUCAGCAAGCUUUGUCCCAGUUUGACCUGAAUAUCCCAGUAGGGCUUGCAGAUGUCUGUGUGCUUCAGGUAGUCCAUAUGAGUUUAAAUUAAAAAUCUUUUUACUUGUAUAUGAACAAUUUCUUUUUGAAAACAAAACAAAAAAGCUUGGCCACAUCCCCAUGAUUGGUUGGUAUAUUUAACUAAUAUGUAUAUUAAUCAGCAUGUUGCUAUAUUGUACAUGUAUAAGAUUUUAGCAGUUCAUAACAAAUGGUAAGGCCAUCUAGCUUUACUUUUUUAUGCUUAUGGAUAUUGUAUAUUUGUAUUUUAAGACCAAGUAGACCAAGUCUAAAGAUAUCUUUUUAAGUGUACCAUAAACCUGCAGAGGGUAAAGGAAGACUUGGAAGCGUACAUGAAAUAUUAAUGUGUAACUUCUGGCCCCUGUGUUUUGUGCAUGGAUGGGUAUUUAUAGUAUGAAAUAAGAUUGUGUUUUGCAAUGAAGUAACAGUGGAGGUGGUAUAAAAUGGUUAAGAAGGCCUUAUCAAUGUUGAUUGUGACACAGAUUAAAAUGUAUUGUUUACUAUGAGGAAUGUAUCUGAAGAAUUUUAAAAGAGGAGUUCUAAGCGAACUCAAAAAAAGGUAAUAUUAAAAUUUUGCUUGUAAACAGACAGUAAACGUUAAUUCACUGAACUCUAAAGCACUGGUUGUUUAGAGUGAUUUAAAUGAAAUGGAAUCAAUAAAUUUUGAAACUUUUUUAUUACAUCUCCAACCUCCUACACUGAAAGUGCAGGACACCAAUAAACAUGUAUUAAAGUGAACUUUCAAUGUA